ACAAAAUGUCCGAAAUAUGAUGUUGUCCGAAAUAUGAUUCAGAACGGUAAUUGCAAGAAGUAGGCCUCGCGUAAAUUUUUCUCGCAUUUGUCAUUUGGGAAGCAACAGCAGCGGAACGCAGUAUAUUUUUAGCGUAUUUUUUUCCAUUCUGCGUAAUGAAUCGGAAGAGGCCAACCUGGACUGUAACGGAGGAAGAUGGUGAUCAGAUGUGUAUUCUAUACAAAGGCAAACAAUUCAGAAUGCCCCGCUCGGAAUACACUAGAAAGCUAACAGCGGAGGAUCAUAAGCCAGUUGGUUUAGCGAGUGAUAUUCCGGAAAAGGUGCGUGCGGAAUACUCAUUCGGCAGUAGUUACUUGAGAUGCCACAAAACUGACCCCACGGAAACCAAACAAAUCGAAACGAAAUUUUUCAACAAGUUUAUGGAAGACGACUCGAACAGUAUGGAAACGGUGGUCGAGAGAAAUCUUCCAAUGUUGAGUUCCUCCGAUUGCGCCAACACUCAGGAACCGAAGUUGAAAAUCACCGUCUCAUCUGCUGAGAGUGUAAACUCUCGAAAAUCCCAAGAAACUGUUGAAACGCUGUCCGAGCUGAAGGGUAGACUGGUUAGCAUUAUCGAUAAAACCAUUUAUCAGCUGGAAUCGCAGCAGGACUUAGCGGAGAGAGAAUCCAGGGAUAGCGGUCCGAUGUAUCCUGGCGGGGAUGGUUCAAGUGUCGCACAUCGGGUGCAGAACUUUCAGCUUCUAAAGACUGAUUCGUUUACACAAACUAAACGAGAAGUCAGAUUGAAGUUGUUUACCGAAAUUGAAACGAUCGUGAUGCGACUGAAGGAUAUGGAAAAGUUGAACUAAAUGAUUUUUGGUGGUUUUAUUUUAUAGUAAAAUUAUCAAGUUUA